AUGUCGACACCAACGCCCACACCCGCGCCGCCCGACGUGGCGCUCGACAGCCCCGCCCGCGCCGCGUCCUUCCGCACGACGGCCAGCGGGACAGGCAGCACGCGCACGCUCUCCGGCCUGCGCAGCCGCCUCUCGUCUAAGCUCAAGGGCCACCGGCACACGGAGAGCGCGCCGGCGGGCUGGGCGCCGAGCAGCGACGACAGCACGGCCUUUGACCCCGCCAGCGAGCCGGCGCAGGGCGGCGCGGCAGACAUCCAGGACUCGGCGGCGCGAGGCCGGCCGGGCCACGCGCGCAACUUCAGCAGCGCCAGCGCCGCGAGCGUGGGCCAGGCGCCGCCCGUCGUGGCGCGGGCUGCACACGCUGUCGCGCAGUUGGCGGGCAUGAACCCGAUCACAGCGCAGCGGCAGCUCAUCGUCGGCACGCUUGUGGCGACGGCGCUGGCGGCACAGCUGCUCAGCCGCCUGCUGCACUGGAGCGUCGGCCUGAUGGCCAUCGGCGUGGGUGCGCAUCUGCUGCUCUCCAAGCUCGACAUUGCGGCGCGCGACAGCGCGUGGGAGCGCGAGACGGCCACUCGCGAGUCGCAACCUCACAACGCCGAGAGCGCCGAGUGGAUCAACCACGUGCUGGGCGUUGUGUGGCCGCUCAUCUCGACGGACUACUUUGUGCCGUUCGUCGACCUGCUGGAGGAUGCCCUGAUGCAGCAGGUGCCCGGCAUCGUGCAUGGCUGCCGCGUCGACGGCCUGGACCAGGGCACGAUUCCGCUGCGCAUCGUGGGCUUUACGCGGCUGCCUUCGCACGAGGAGGCCUUCCUGCACGGCGCGGAUGCCAAGCACAACGUCAGCGAGGCGGAAGAGACGCUGUCGGACGUGGGCGACUUUGUCAACCUCGAGGUCAGCUUCGCGUACCGCGCGCCGAGAGCGCGUCGCAAGAUGGCGAGCUCGAACAAGGCCGAGGGGCUCGGCAGCGAGGCGGCGGGCAUCGAGGAUGAGGAGAUCGACAGCAGCGCGGCGGAGCAGAUCCACCUGCUCAUCUACAUGGCCAUCGGCCUGCAGAAGCUCGCAGCCGUCGAAGUGCCCGUGUGGAUUGAGAUGCUGGGCAUCGAGGGGAAAAUGCGUCUGCGCCUGCAGCUCACGCCCGCCGCGCCGUUUGUCAAGCACGUGGCGUUCUGCUUCGUCGGCGCGCCGCGCAUCGAGAUCUCGGCCAAGCCGCUCGGCCGGCGCAUGGUCAUUGACGCCAUGAACCUGCCGCUCAUCUCGUCGUACGUGCUGCGGUCCAUCGAGGCGGUGAUCCGGGACUUUAUCGCGCCGCAGUCGUAUUCGAUCGAUGCUGGCGCGCUGCUCAGCGCCGCCGACGGCCCGCAGAAUGUCUACGCGCUCGGCGUGCUCGUGGUCGUCCUGCACCGCGCGACAGACCUCCCAGCUGCCGACGUCGGCGGCACGAGCGAUCCGUUCAUCAAGAUUUCAUUUGCGCGCGCCGGCAAGCCGCUCUACAUGAGCCGCGUGCUCGUCAAGACGGUCAACCCGGUGUGGGGCGAGACGGCCUUCCUGCUCGUCGGGCCGGACGAGGUGCGCGACCACGAGCGCAUGCGGCUGGGCGUCUUCGAUGCGGAUCGCUUCAGCAGCGAUGACGAGCUGGGCCACGUCGAUGUGUCGAUCGCGCGGCUCAUCCGCCGCAGCCUGCACAAGGAGAGCGAUGCCGACGCGCCAUCGCUCAUCGAGGACCGCGACGACCCGCUCGUGCCGCCUCGCCGCGGUGCCGUCACAUCAGGCCGCCUGCGGUACUCAGUCGCCUUCUGCCGGCUUGCGCAGCCGACCAGUGGCGGCCGCUCGGCACACCGGCAGGACCUGCUGCGCCAGGCGGCGCGCAACGCCCCAUCCUCUGCAGGCGCCGAGAAGACCCCUCUCUCGCUGCCGGACUCGGCGAGCUACGACGACAAGAAGGAUGACGCGCCGAUCCCAGAGCACCUGCUUACGGCCUUCGACCGCUUCGUCGUGCGCAUGGGCUUCCCACUCGACGACGCCGUGAUGCGCUCCCGCGCCGAGCGUGCCGAGCGUGUCGCCCGCCUCAAGGCCCUCAUCGAGGGCGAGAACGACGCGACGACGUCGGCGCCGCAGCCCGAGUGGCCGGCCGGCAUCCUCGCGUUCCACAUCCACUCGAUCGACGGGCUCGAGGUGCCGACCACGCAGCGCAACUUCAACAACAGCAAGCGCCUCGAGAAGAAGCCGCGCUACACGACUUCCGACGAAGCGGCGGGCAACAAGGCGACGCCCAAGUUCCCCAGCUCGUACGUGCAGGUCUUCCUCAACGACGAGGCCAUCUUCCGCACGCGCACCAAGGCGCUUGAUCCGCGCCCCUUCAUCAACGCCGGCGCGGAACGCUGGGUGACCAACUGGCAGACGGCGCGCCUCGACUUUGUCGUGCGCGACCAGCGCAUGCGCGAGGCGGACCCCAUCUUGGGCCUCGUGGGCCUGCGCAUCGCCGACGUGCUCAAGGAGAGCAGCCGCAGCACGGGCUACUACACGCUGACCGGCGGCCUCGGCUUCGGCAAGAUCCGCCUGAGCCUCGUGUGGCGCUCCGUCGAGCUGCGGGUCCCGCGUGCGCUGUCCGGCUGGAAUGUCGGCGUGCUGGAGAUCAGCGCUGCACGCGUGUCGGGCCUGCAGCUCGCCGACGUCGACGAUGGCCGUCCUGCCCAGCUGUACUUUGAGACCGUCGGCGGCACCGCGGAGACAGAGACCAAGGAGCCGCACGCCGAAGGCACUGCUGGCGCCACGAUUGGCUACGACUAUCCGCUGCAGCAGUCGUUGCGCCUACCCGUGCGGCAGCGCUACCCGUCCUACCUCUACAUCCACCUCCGCAGCGACUCGCGCGUGCCCGGCCGCCGGCACAAGCACGCGCACGGCGCCAUCCCGCUCAACCGCAUCGCCGACGGCGAGGGCGUCUUCAAGCGCGUGCAGCUCUUUGCCUCUGCCGAGUGGCAGGAGAUCGAGCAGCAUGCACUGGGUCGCUACCCGCCGCCGCAGAGCGUAGAGAAGGGCGCCGAACGCGCCGUGCUCGACGAGAUGAUCGCUGCCACGGACUCAAACGAGCAUCCGGAGAGCGAGACGCUGCGCCACGUCGGCUUCGUCGAUCUCACGUUUGUCUACCACGCCGGCAUCGCGCAGGAGCACCGCAGUCUCGUCGCCGGGGACAACGAGCUGCGCUACGCCUUCGAGACGUUUCUCGCCGGUAUCGACGGCGGCGAGCGUGCCAAGCCGGCCAAGCUCAGUCCGGCGCUGCGGCGCAGUCUCUCGCUGGCGCAUGUGAAAGACGAGCCGCGCCUGUCGGAAGAGGACCCGGAUCGGAGCUACGGCAGCGAGGCGAGCACGUCGGGCAACGCGCUGCGCGUCGACACGGGCGCGGCGGAGGCCAGCUCGAAGCACAGGGCUGCCGCGGCUGUCAACCCCGAUCUGAUGAGCCCGGAGGAGCGCGAGGAGCAGGAGGGCGAGGAGUCGGACCGCGAGUGGGAGGAGGGCAACAACGAGGUCAACGAGGAUGAGGACGACACGACGCCCGAGGGCCGACGGGCCCGGCAGCGCGCCCUGCACCGCCAGCACAAGGGCGCUGCGCAGAUCAAGGGCUACCGCUCGCUGCAGUGGGUCGCGCAGAAUGCGCAAGAUGGCCUCGGACGCGUGAAGCGCAUCGCGGGCCAGCAGAGCAAGAAGAUGGGCAAGAUGGAGAGCGAGGGCGUCAGUCACUUCUGAGGGCCGAGCGGGUGGUGUGGGGAGCGAGUCACGCAAUUGAACAAGUCACGGCCUGUGCUGCGAGCGAAGG